CUCUGCUUGGUGGAAACCUGCAUUCGUGACGAUGGAUCCUCGACCGACUGGAGCGACCACUGCCGUGUGAAGGACUACACUCUACCCUCAACACUGCACUUUUUCACUUUUGGGACACGCCUUGCCUUCAUCAGACCUGGGUUGUGCAUGUUGAGAUUCUCUUCUUUUGUCUCCGCUCCCCUUGACCUCGACAUCAUCAGCAUCCGUGCGAUAAACAGAGGAGGAUGAAACUGAAGAAGCAGGUGACCGUUUGUGGAGGGGCCAUCUUCUGUGUGGCCGUCUUCUCUCUCUAUCUGAUGUUGGACCGCGUCCAGCACGAUCCCGCUAGGAGACAGAACGCCGGGAACUUUCCGAGGAGCCAGAUUUCGGUGUUGCAGAACCGCAUCGAGCAACUGGAGCAGCUCUUGGAGGAGAACCAUCAGAUCAUCAGCCACAUCAAAGACUCUGUGCUGGAGCUCACGGAUACGGGGGCCAUCUCUCCCAGCGGGCAUCUCCCCUUCCGGAGCGCCAAUGGCUCCUGGGUGCUGCCCUUUGAUGGCAGGCCCACCUUUCUCUCCGUUAAGCCACUGGAUUGCCAGUUCGCACUGGGCCGCAGGAGCCAAACUGACCUGCAGAUGCUGGAUGUAUACUCCUUGCUAAACUUCGAUAAUGUGGACGGAGGUGUUUGGAAGCAAGGUUUUGAGAUCACCUACGAGCCCAACGAGUGGGACGAAGAGCCCCUGCAAGUGUUUGUGGUCCCUCAUUCACACAACGAUCCAGGAUGGAUCAAAACAUUCGACAAGUACUACAAUGACCAGACCCAGCAUAUCUUCAACAACAUGUUGGUGAAGCUGGCGGAAGAUCCUCGUCGGAAGUUCAUUUGGUCAGAAAUAUCAUUUUUCGCCAAAUGGUGGGAAAGCGCAGAUGCACAAAAACAAGAGGCAAUGCGCAAGCUGAUCCUCAGCGGACAGCUUGAGAUGGUGACAGGAGGCUGGGUCAUGACGGAUGAAGCCAACGCUCACUAUUUCGCCAUGAUCGAUCAGCUCAUUGAAGGCCAUCAGUGGCUGGAGAAAAAUCUGGGUGUGACCCCUCGUUCAGGCUGGGCCGUUGAUCCGUUCGGGCACAGCGCCACGAUGCCUUACCUACUGAAACGGGCGAACAUGACCAGCAUGCUGAUCCAGAGGGUCCAUUACUCCAUCAAAAAGCACUUUUCUGCCACUCAGAGCCUUGAGUUCAUGUGGAGGCAGGCCUGGGAUAUUGAAUCGAGCACAGACAUGUUCUGCCACAUGAUGCCGUUUUACAGCUACGACGUGCCGCACACGUGUGGCCCAGACCCGAAGAUUUGCUGUCAGUUUGAUUUCAAGAGGCUGCCGGGCAGUCGCGUCAACUGCCCCUGGAAGGUGCCGCCCCGAGCCAUCUCAGAUGCCAACGUGGCCGAGAGAGCUGGGGUUCUGCUUGAUCAAUACCGUAAAAAAUCUAAGCUGUUCCGUAGUAAAGUGUUGCUGGUUCCUCUGGGGGACGACUUCCGCUAUGACAAAGCAGUAGAGUGGGACCAGCAGUACUUAAACUACCAGAAACUGUUCGAUUACAUGAACUCCCACCCAGAAAUGCAUGUAAAGGCCCAGUUUGCAACGCUGACAGACUACUUUCAUGCGGUGUACAAGGCUAAUGGAGUUGCCCAGGGGACGAGACCACCGAAUUACCCUGUGCUGAGUGGAGACUUCUUCGCCUAUGCAGAUAGAGAGGACCAUUACUGGAGUGGAUACUACACCUCACGUCCCUUCUACAAAAACCUGGACCGUGUGCUAGAGUCUCACCUACGAGGGGCAGAAAUUCUCUACAGUCUGGCGGUGGCUCACGCGAGACGUGCGGGCAUAGAAGGGCGUUACCCCAUUUCAGAUUACUCCCUCCUGACCGAUGCCAGGCGCAACAUAGGGCUGUUCCAGCACCAUGAUGCCAUCACGGGCACUGCCAAGGAGGCGGUUGUCAUCGACUAUGGAAACAGGCUGUUACGUUCUCUGGUCGGUCUGAAACGAGUAAUCAUGAAUGCCGCACACUUCCUGGUAAUAAAGAAUAAAGACAUUUACCGCUUCUACCAGACGGAGCCUUUCCUAGAGACGGACGAUAGGCGCGCCACACAGGAUUCUCUCCCGCAGCGCACACUUAUCGAGCUGGAAUCUUCUCCCAGGUAUCUAGUGCUGUUUAACCCCGUCGAGCAGGAGCGUCUGUGUGUGGUCACCGUUCUGGUGAAUUCGGCGAGAGUGAGGGUGCUGACAGAAGACGGACAAACUCUACCGGUUCAACUCAGCGCGCAGUGGAUGUCCGCCGUUGAGAUGAGUGGAGAGGUUUACCAGGCCUCUUUCAUGGCACGCCUCCCCGCUCUGGGAUUGGCCGUCUUCCACCUGUACGACUCUGCUGACUCGCCCAUGACCCUGCGCUCUGAUACGCUGCUCAGGAUACCAGGACGGGGUCAGAGCAUACGUGGUUUGGACCCUCUGCCCGUGCGAUCGCAAACGGUAGACGCCCAACCGUUCUACAUCCAGAGCCAGUCUCUCACGCUAGGCUUCUCUGGAACCACUGGCCUGUUGGAGAGCAUUCGACGUAAAGACGAUCCCCAGGAGGUGAGGGUACAGAUUCAGUUCCUCACAUACGGAACUCGACCCUCCAAGGACAAGAGCGGGGCCUAUCUCUUCCUGCCAGACGGAAAUGCCAAGCCCUAUUCGCAGAGAGAAGCCCCUAUAGUGCGUGUGGUGGAAGGUCCUCUCUUCUCUGAGGUUGUGGCACAUUAUCAGCACUUCCAGCAGACGGUCCGCAUUCAUAAUGUUCCAGGAGUUGAUGGUCUUUCUCUGGACAUCACCACCAUGGUGGACAUCAGAGAUCAAAAUAACAAGGAGCUGGCCAUGCGGCUGGUUACCGACAUCCAGAGCAAAGACACUUUCUACACAGACCUCAACGGCUUCCAGAUGCAGCCUCGUCGGUACUUCCAGAAACUUCCACUGCAAGCUAAUUUCUACCCCAUGCCCACCACGGCAUAUAUUCAGGACAGCCAGUACCGACUCACGCUCCACACGGCCCAGGCACUCGGGGUCAGCAGCGUGUCCAGCGGUCAGCUGGAGGUGAUCCUAGACCGCAGACUGAUGCAAGAUGAUAACAGGGGUCUAGGGCAGGGCCUGAAGGACAACAAACGAACGGCCAACCGCUUCCGCCUUCUGCUGGAGAAGAGGAGCAGCAGUGAAGAUCCUGCUGGCUCCUAUGCCAAAGUCUCCAACAUGAUAAACAAAAUCAUUGCAGGUAUUUUAGGAGACGACCAGAAAGAGCCGGUGGACAGCAGACCGGUCAGCUUCCCGUCGCUGCUCAGUCACAUGACCUCCACCAUCCUGAACCAUGAGGUGCUGGCACUGCCUGUGUUGCCCAGGAAACAUGGUGUGCCACCCAUGCGUACCUUCGCUCCAUUGGCUGGCACCGUGCCCUGCGACUUCCACCUGCUGAACCUCAGGAGCAUCCAAAGCCCGCAGGACGCUCACUCUCCAUCUCUUCAUACGGCUCUGCUCCUCCAUCGACUGGGCUUGGACUGUGGUCUGGAGGCCCAGAACCCUGGUUUCAACUGCUCCACCACACAAGGCCAGCUCUCCAUUUCCGGGCUGUUCCGUGGGCUGGAUCUCCAGCUCCUGCAGCCCAUGUCUCUGUCUCUAAUGCACUCACAGCCUCCGCUCUCUAACGACUCCUCCAUCAAUCUGGAGCCAAUGGAGAUCUCCGCCUUCAAGCUCAAGCUGUGCUAGAGCGGUGUUGCAUCAGAACCGGGCUCUAGUCCGUGUGGACCCUCGGAACCUGUGCUAAAGCAGAGAACCACAGCUGGAUGAGCAGAGGACUCUUUGGGAGAUCGUUUAUCCAGACUUAACGUAUCCGAAUCAACACGAAGGCGCUAACUAUACCCUCAAAACUGGGGGAAAAACUCGAGGAGGAGAGCGUUCCAGCCAGCCAUGUUUGGUAGCCGGUCCGGGUGCUGAGAUAAGAAUGUCCAUGAUUGUUUUUUUUUAAAAUCAGAUUUUAAUAGGCAGAACACUAUUUGAUCAACAUCUUUUUAUUCCAGCAGUGCCGACCAUUGUCGUAUUGUUUUUUUUUUUUUUUUUCCCUUUUGUCUUUGGCUGGAAUCGCUGAUCUUUUUUUUUAAUCAUUCCGUCAUCCCUGGAGUUCGUACUGUAUGUAAAUAUCUCAAAAGCUACAUUCACAACUGGAUCUAUACAAAAUUGUGGGACUCAGUGCAAUACGUGAAGCUUCUCGCCGCUUUAUUUCUUCAUUUUCUUUGAUUUUCUACUACGCUUGAAUCCGUGUCAUUGUCGUUUGAGCUCAUUGUUUCUUUAGCUCUGCUGUGGACGGUUCUGCCUUUGCUCGGCGGCCACGUUUUCUUUUUUCUUUCUAUGAAUGUCAAUCACCACGCUCGGCCUGCGAAGGCUGUCAGUGCUGUAACCGACGCGGCGUUUACAGCUCUUUCUUUCAGGGUGGCUCGCAACACUUCGCUGACAGCAGAAGACGUCCGUGACCCAGCAGCGGUCAGGUCUUCAGAUAGCUCCUUCAUUGUUUUUUUUUUUGUUUUUUUUUUAAAUUAGGUUAUUGCUCAAAUCGCAUGAUGAGAGCUGACCCAGUAUAUUCGCUUGAUAUACCUUCUCACAAUAUUUUCAGGUAAGGGUAGCAACGGAUUCCCAUGGUCAGAAUUCGCCAAUUUCCCACAUAUAUGAAAAUGCAUUUAGGCCUUAUCUCGCUGUAGGAAACCCAUCUGUAAUGUGUAGCAGAGCCAUCUCAGUCCUCGCUUCUGGCGUUUGUCUGUCACCUCGGUUUGCUCGAAUCUGAUAGUUUUGAACAUGAAAAUGCUGUCUGUGUGUCUGUCAACCUAUCGUGUCUCGCUUCUCCUAUCCUGUCUGUCUGACCCUGGAAAAUCUGUACUAUAUCUGAUUAAAAAUGCAGAAAAAUAUUCUCACUUCUUUGACUUUCAACUCCUCGUCUGAUUAUCUCUCUGUCCAUUUAUCAGUCAGACCAUCAACCGUCUUCUCCAGCUAAUCAAGUUCCAGAAAAGCGUCCAAUCAGGAAGAUAAUUCCUCUCAGGAGGAACUCCAAGUAUGGAGUGCCAAACGUCUGUCCUAUUGCUUUGUAAAAGAUUCUGGGGGACGUUUGCUAUUCCAGAAUGUUCUCCCUUCUGUAAUUCAGUCUCGUCUGUCUGUGCAUUUCACUGCCAUGCUUGUUUUCCCUGUGUAUACGCUUUCUGGUCCGACAGAUAUCCUUGUUAAUGUUUUUUUUAUUUUUUUUUUACAUUUAUUUAUGUUGUGUGUUCUGAGAUGCAAAUUAGUGAAUUGAGAGGUUUGAGCUUUCCUGUUUUGGUUUCCUAUUGAGAGUGUUCAUAAAAAUGACUCGUGCAAGCAAAUGCAAAAACAUUAAAGUGGACGUUUAAUAAAGAUCACACAUUGAUUAUA